AUGAUUCAAGAUAAGUGCAAUGAGAAUAACGAAAAAUACAGUAAAAAAUGUAGAGAAUACAAUUAUUAUAGGAGUUACGUGAGUGGUAUAAAUAGUAAGUAUAUGGGUUUUUCGAACAUGCAUAGAAAUAGUUCCAACAAGAAUUUUAAUGAUUCCAGAAGAAAUAACAAUUACGACUAUCGAUAUUGCAAUAAUAAUGCUUACAACAAUGUGCACGACAGUUACUAUAGCUUACACGGUAGCUCUUACAAUAGUUCAUAUAACUGUUCUUAUAAUGACGUAUAUUGUAACGCUUAUAACAACCCUUAUAAUAACAACUUUAAAGCUCCCCCGAGGAGGAAAAGAUUCAGGAGCUUUAACAGUACGAGUAAUUCCAAUCGGAAAGGUAACAAGUUUUUUAAAAAAUUUAAAAAUUACAAUGAUGAUGAAAAUAUAAUUGGAGUGUAUAAAAAUGGAAGGAAACGUAGCUACUCGUCCAUGAGAGUAAUUAAUGACAAAGAACAAAGAAAUGACAAAGUGUACAUAGAAUCGAGGUAUAGCAAUAAUGAACAUAAAAGGAAUUAUUUGAAAAAUUUUAAUAUAUAUAAAAAGCGAAACUAUUAUUCUUAUAAAAAAAAUAUAUAUAAUAGUGAUAGGAGAAAUUAUGAUACUCAUUAUGGACAAGGGAAUAUUUUCUACAAUAAUGAAUAUUAUUUAAUUAAUGAUGGAACAACCUUAAAAAGGAAAAAAAUACGUUACGGUAAUAAAAAUAUUUCUAGAAGUAAUUCAAAAAGUUAUAAUAGUUACAUUGACAGGAUGAAUAAUAGGAGAAAUGACCUUAGCAGAAAUGGUAGAUAUAAAGAAACAGAUAUGCAUCACAAAACAACAGGUAGCGUGGGAAGUUCAUACAAUGGAGCUAGUGCAUCCACAGCAGUAAGGAUAUGUAAAUAUAAAGACAAGGAUGAUAAAUCCAACAAGUCAUAUAAGUUAAAAAAUAGUGAUACUACGAAUGAUGAUGAUUCCAGAAAAUUUGAUCCGAGGGACAAAAUGGGAAGUAGGAGGAAUAGCAUCGUCAGGAAAAAUGAUAAUGAAAAAGGUGCACUACUACUGAACUCUCGUAAUUAUAUUAAAGGUACAAGAAAAAGAAGAAAUGUUGCAAGUAGUUAUAGUGGUACUAGAAGUAGACGUAGGAGCAGAAGAAGAAGCGGGCAUAGAAGCAGACGAAGGAGACGCAGAAAAGAUAGCAUCCGUAAAUAUGGGGAGACAGACACAAGUGAUUCAUCGCAAAGAGGCAGCAAUUGCCCUUCAUAUGUAAAUAAAAAAAAAAAGUACGCUGAUAAACACAGCGGAUCCUACAAAAACAUAUCCCCAGGGGAAUCAACAGAUGACACAUCUGUUAGAAAAAAAUAUAACCAUAAAAGAAAUAGAACAGAAUUUUCGGAAAAAGAAGAUAGUAAUAGUAUUAAAAAAAAAAAAAAAAAAAAAAAAGAGAAUUAUGACUCGGAUGAUGAAAUUGUUCAUUUUAGUUGGAAAAGGGGUAUGAUACUAAAUAACUGUUAUCUAGUUAUACGAAAAAUGGGUGAAGGUACCUUUGGUAGAGUUUUAUUAUGUGAACAUACAGACACGAAAAAAUAUUACGCUGUAAAAGUUGUUAGAAAUAUAAGAAAAUAUACGAAAUCUGCAAAAAUAGAAGCAGAUAUAUUAAAAAAAAUUCAAAAUGAUGACUAUAAAAAUAAUAAUAUUGUUAAGUACCAUGGAAAAUUUAUGUAUUAUGAUCAUAUGUGUUUAGUAUUUGAACCCUUGGGUCCAUCAUUAUACGAAAUUAUUACCAAGAAUAAUUAUAAUGGGUUUCAUUUACAAGAUAUAAAAUUAUAUUGUAUUGAAAUGUUAAAGGCAUUAAAUUAUCUUCGAAAAAUAUCACUAACACACACCGAUUUGAAACCAGAAAAUAUUUUAUUAGAUGAUCCAUAUUUUGAAAAAACAUUAGUAAGUGUUAGAAGAGCUACAGAUGGAAAGAGAGUUCAAAUAUAUAGAACUAAAUCAACAGGUAUAAAAUUAAUUGAUUUUGGUUGUGCUACUUUUAAGGAUGGUUAUCAUGGAUCUAUUAUAAACACUAGACAAUAUCGUGCUCCAGAAGUUAUUUUAAAUAUAGGUUGGGACGUAUCAAGUGAUAUGUGGAGUUUUGGUUGUGUGUUGGCUGAACUUUAUACAGGGGACCUCUUAUUUCGAACGCAUGAGCACUUAGAACAUCUUGCCUUGAUGGAAGCUAUUAUUCAACCAAUUCCCAAAAAAUUGAUAUAUGAUGCUACUAAAACUAACGGAGCUAAAUAUAUAAGUAAAGAUGAACUCAGAUUGGCUUGGCCAGAAAAUGCAUCUAGUUUUGAAUCCAUUAAGUAUGUCAAAAGGUCCUUACCUUUGCACAAACUUAUAAGGAAUGAUUUGUUUUGUGAUUUUUUAUAUAGCAUACUGCAGAUUGAUCCUUCCCGCAGGCCAACUCCGUCGGAGUUGUUGAAGCACAAAUUUCUUCAAGAAGAUUAUGGAUAUUACUAA